AUGGAAUGUUUUGAUAUGGGUGCACAGAUGGCGGGGGUUGCCCGCUUCCUGCCUGCGACUCAGCAUAGCAAUAUGGAGACUAACGCGGCUCAAGAUAUCUUCUUCAGGACCACCAUCGGAGCUUGUAACUCGGAGGCCCACCUGCGAGUCUACAUGCAAGAUGUGCUCGGCAAAGUUCGUGAGGCUAUGUAUGAGCGCGAGUGGUCAAAUGGCACCGAGAAGAACAUCGUUGCUCAGGCAAAGAUCUGCUCGCCCAUUGCCGUUGCAUCUGUCGGACUGGAGAAUAUCCGGCUUUACUACCUGGCAAAUGACAACGUCAUGAAAGAGGUUGUCUACAUUUCAUCCAAGGGCUGGCAUGAAGGGGAGAUGAGCAAAUUGAACUUCCACGUGGCGCCGUAUGCCAGAAUGGAUGCUUGUUUCCUUCAGGGCGUAAACAAUACUGUGAGAGUUUACUGUCAAUUGCCGGAUAAUACCAUCCAGGAGUUUGGCUGGAGUGAGGGCUCCGAGUGGAAGAAGAUGCAAAACUUGGGACCUGCGAUGCCUGGUUCCGCAAUUGCGUGCACGAGCUUCAAAACCUCUCACAUGAGACUUCGGGUGUAUUUCCAAGAUCCAGAUCAUGUUUUGAAAGAGAAAUGCUGGGACCAGGAAAGAGGCUGGUAUGAUGGAUCGUUCAAGGUAUCGGCCUCUCACCAUGUACCCCCAAGAGCCGCGGUGGCAUGUACCAGCUAUCUCUUGGGCCAUGAAAGGAUUGGCAUCAGCGUCUUCUAUGCCAUUGCAGGAAGCAUGCAAGAAGUGAAAUUCGAUGGUCGGUGGCAUGAGGGGAAGAUGGAGGUAAAUUGCAUCCCUGGUAGUGAGGUUACUGCGAUUUCCUGGGGCAGUGAGAAGAACCUCGAAAUGAGGGUUUACUUCCAGAAGGGUGAGCACGUCAGUGGCAUCUCUGAGUGGAUGUGGACUGGUGGAAAGUGGAAGGCUGGGAAAGCUGCUCUUCCUCCUGCUUGA